AUGGCCGUGGCCAUGGAGGCUACGGUCCGCCUCCUCCUCAAAACUACGGCUACGGGCCCCAGCAGGGCUAUCACCCUCCGCCUCAGCAGCAAUACUACCAGCCCCCGCCCCAGGGAGGAUACCAUGCUCCUCAACAGCCGACCUACGGCCAACCUCCGGUCCCUCCGCGCAAUUACCCCUCCCCGCACCCACCCCAACCGCAAUAUAACCAAGGCUACGGUCAUCGCCCAGGCCCCCUCCCUCGCAAGCGUCCUCUCACUAUGGCCAACGCUCUGGACCGCCCCCGCCGCCCUCGGGUAUGCAGCAAUUUGGUCACGGCGCCCCUCCAACUACUCGUACCAAUACUCCAAUUGUACCGGAAAGCGCAAGGCCCUCCUGAUUGGCAUCAACUACUUCCGCCAGAAGGGCGAGCUUCGCGGCUGCAUCAAUGAUGUGCGCAACUUGUCGGCUUUCCUCAUGAACAAGAACCGUUUCCGAAGGGAAGACAUGGUGAUCCUUACCGACGAUCAGUCCGAUCCGAGGAGCGUGCCCACGAGGCAAAAUAUUCUGAGAGCAAUGGCUUGGCUCGUCAACGGCGCGGAACCCAAUGAUUCACUCUUUUUCCACUUUUCCGGCCACGGCGGACAGACUCGCGAUCUCGACGGCGACGAAGACGACGGCUACGAUGAAGUCAUCUACCCCGUCGACUACAAAUCGGCUGGUCACAUCGUUGAUGACCAGAUCCACGAUAUCCUCGUCAAACCUCUCCGGCCCGGCGUCAGGUUAACGGCCAUCUUUGACUCGUGUCAUUCCGGUUCCGCAAUGGACUUGCCGUAUAUCUACUCUACCAAGGGUGUUCUCAAGGAACCUAAUCUCGCCAAAGAUGCCGGCAUGGGCCUUUUGAGUGCAGUAUCAGCGUAUGCCAAGGGAGAUAUUGGUGGUGUGGCGAGCUCCAUCUUCAAGUUUGCCAAGAAGGCCACGACUGGCGACGAUGCGUACAACAAGACGCUGCGUACCAAGACCUCCCCGCCGACGGCCGAUGCGACCAUCAAUUCGCAAGCGACUGGUGCCAUGUCCUGGGCAUUCAUGACGGCACUCGAGAGGAAGCCUCAGCAGAGCUACGUCGAGCUUCUCAACUCUAUAAGAGACUUGCUAGAAACCAAAUACUCCCAGCGCCCUCAGCUGUCUUCGAGCCAUCCCAUGGAUACAAAUCUUCUCUUCAUUAUAUAA